AUAGCACAUAACCUAAUCACAAACGGGGGGCAUGGAAUAGAACCGCAUUGAAAAUGUUUUCUGGAGAUAACACUCUGUCUUUCUGAAUCCCUGUCUGUUCCUGCUACCAAUGGCAAGAGUAGCUUGCUAUCACCUUCACAUGGUUCCCAGUUUCGUUCAUCCAUUGAAGUCAACACUCUUCAGAAACCACACUCUUUUCACCAUACACUCUCCUCACCGUUAUGGGGUUCAGCCAAGGUUCUCUUUCUCUUCUUCUUCAUCGUCCAAGAUAAGCAUGAGCCUCAGGGCUGGUAUCGUUGGUCUCCCCAACGUUGGCAAGUCCACACUCUUCAAUGCUGUGGUUGAAAAUGGAAAGGCUCAAGCUGCUAAUUUUCCAUUUUGUACAAUAGAGCCAAAUGUGGGGAUUGUUGCUGUUCCAGAUUCUCGUCUCCAUGUGCUCUCUGAUCUCAGUAAAUCUCAGCGAGUGGUUCCAGCGUCCAUAGAGUUUGUAGAUAUAGCUGGGCUUGUCAAGGGUGCAAGUCAAGGCGAGGGUCUGGGUAAUAAGUUUUUGUCACAUAUUCGUGAGGUGGACUCUAUACUUCAGGUUGUACGAUGUUUUGAUGACAAUGACAUUAUUCAUGUGAAUGGGAAAGUUGACCCCAAGUCUGAUAUUGAUGUUAUCAACUUGGAGCUUGUUUUCUGUGACUUGGACCAGAUUGAGAAAAGACUGGAUAAACUAAAGAAGGGCAAGCCGAAGGAUUCACAAAGAGUCAAGGAAGAGGCAGAAAAGUCUGCACUGGAGAAGAUUCGCGUGGCACUCUUGGAUGGAAAACCUGCACGAUCUGUGACCUUAACUGAUUCUGAAAGGGAUGCUGUGAAGCACCUCUGCUUGCUCACAAUGAAACCCAUUAUAUAUGUGGCAAAUGUUGCAGAAUCUGAUCUAGCUGAUCCUGCAAAAAAUAAUUAUGUCAAUGAUGUCACCAAUGUUGCAUCUGAGCUGCAGUCAGGAAUCGUAACAGUUUCAGCACAGGUUGAGGCAGAGCUAACUGAACUAGCUACGGAAGAAAGAAAAGAAUAUCUGAACUCUCUUGGUGUUAGUGAAAGUGGUCUUGGUAACCUAAUCAGGGCAACCUAUAGCCUUUUGGGGCUGCGAACUUAUUUUACGUCUGGUGAGAAGGAAACAAAAGCAUGGACGAUACUUGCAGGAAUGACGGCACCUCAAGCUGCUGGAGUGAUUCACUCUGACUUCGAGAAGGGUUUCAUUCGAGCAGAGACAGUGUCUUAUGAUGAUUUUGUUGCUGCUGGUUCAUUAGCUGCAGCACGAGAGAAAGGAGUUUUGAGAUCUGAAGGUAAAGAUUACAUUGUACAAGAAGGUGAUGUCAUGUUGUUUCGAUUCAAUGUUUAGCAGAACUUACAGCUCCCAGCUGAGAGUCAGUGGAGAAAUUGAGAUGUAAUUUAUGACUAAGGUCAGGAAAAUUUUCAGCCAAUUGCUGGUUAUAGUUUGCAUAAGCAUUGUUUUGUUAUAGGGACAAAUGCUCCCUGUUAGGAGCCAGUGAAGAGUUGAAACAAUAUAUGACUACAGGUCCCCAAAUUUUCUCAGCCAAUUGCUGAUUAUGAUCUGGAAGAGGCAUUGUAUUUUUUAGUGAAAAAAGGUUAAUUUUUUAGUGCAAUGCAUAAAAUUUGCUUGAAUA